AGCCACCCUCGUCAGAGUCUCCCCCAAGAUGCGUUGGUGAGAGCCGACAGGAACAUUGCCGUUGUCGUCAACAAAUCGCGCCCCCGCGUCGCGCUAUCCUCCUCUUCCACCGUCCAUCUCCUCCCCAUCUCUAUCCCAAUCUUCCAACGCCUCUCCCCCACUCUAUCAGCAGGCAUCAUCAAGAUUGCCACAGUGCCGCCCUCCAAGGGCUCUCCUCCCCCCCCGCGGUCGCUAAGGUCCCACCACCUGCCUCACCCGCUUGUCUUCCCACGAUGAACGCCAAUGGGGCUGCCCCGGUACCACACGGGGGCAGGGCCCUCCCACUCCCGCCACCUAACACGUUCUCCGAUGCAGAAAUCACCAAAGCAUUCGAGGUACUCGUCAACGCUAUGGACUCUGCACUGGCAGCGUUUACUCGGAAAGAUGAUGCUUCAAGACACCUUGUCAAGCUCUGCUCCUUUCCUGAUGCCAACCCCUGUCAUCCUGUAUUUGACGCUGCCCAGCGGGCUGCGAAGGAGGCUCGGCAGCAGCAUGAAGCGGCAAUGGUCUCGGCGAGGGCGGCUUUUCAAGAGCUGGUGUGGCUUAUGAUUGUCAAAGCCGGGGGUGUCAAUGAUCUCUCUGCGUUGACUUCUACAACUGCACCAGCUAUGCCAGCUGGGGUUCCAGUCGAUAUCCUCAAGGCCCUAUCAGACCACAAAAAGACGCUCGAAGACCAAUUCGGUUCUGCCAACACGGUGCUCGAGAGCAAACUCGCUCAGCAGCUCGCCCAGCGUUUUGAAGCGUUUCAAAAGACUAUCAAGGCAGAGUCCGAGCGGGAGAAGCAGGAUUAUGAUAUGGAGGCUGAUGCGUUGAGGGGGAUGAUGUCGGAAGUGAAGAGUGUGAAGGUUAUCUUUGAAGAGGGGAUGGCCAAGGUCAGGUCUUUGGAGAAGUGGCAGCAGGAUCGAGAUCGGGCAGAUGCGCUCAAGGCGAAAGAAUAUCAGGUUGCUGCCGAGUUGGCAGCCAAAGAAGCUCAGGCUGCUUCCGAACUGGCAGCCAAGGAGGUUCUGAACGCUGCCCAACUCCCCACACCCUCCACCGCCCAAUUCCCUCCCUCCCAUCCCAACUACCAACAACUCCCCAUAUCCCGCGUCGUCAAACAAGAGAUGGUUGAUCGCCUCGAUUUUUUGGAGAAUGAAGUCGCGAUGCAGCGCGAAGAGAUUGAUGCGAUGGAGGCGCGCCGGCAGAGGAAAAGGAAGCGGGCGCAGGAUGAUGGAGGGGAGGGCAAGGCAGCUGCCGGCCCGGCGGUGGGAAAUGGGAAGAACAAGUUGUGGGAAGAGUUGAAGCGGCUUCAGGAGGAGCUGCAGAAGCUCAAGGCUCCUGCCGAGAUACCCACGCCGGCACAAACGUCCUCGGCGCCGUCCCCUGCAGCCCGGAUCGGUUCGGCCCCACCGACGAAUGCCUCGCCUGCGCUCAUGUCCCGAGAGAUCAGCACUCUGCUCAGAUCAGUCGACAAACUCGAACGAUCCGAGGCCAUCACCCAGGAAAAGCUCAAAGCGCUCGCCGGCACGGAGGAAGCGCGAAAGACCGAGAUUGCCAAGGUCGACAAGCUCGAAUCUGCCGUCGAAGGCUGGGAGCGCAAAGCCCAGGCGCUCGUCAAGGAGCAUACAGCAGAGAUUGCUGGCAAGUUGGAAGAGAUGAGAAGCACUGCGAUGAGGGACAAGGGCGCGUCGGACGCAAAAUUGUCCGAGAUGGGUGCGGUCUUGCAGAGGACGCAAAGCAGCUUGAAAGCGGCCGUGAGCGACAUUCUGACCAAGACGAUGGAGUCGUUUGACAGGGAUAAUGCUUCGGCCCUUACCGGGCUUCAAACGAAUAUCAACAACCUCAGAGCGACCCUGCAAGAGCAUGCUACCUUUAUCGCCACCAUAUCAGGCCAAGACGGUGCCGACUCGUCCAUCGCGGUCCUUGUCAACACGCUGUCGCAAAACAUAGACAAGUGUUUGCGAGCGUGCACCGACACAAUGCUGCUGUUUGCCCAGCUGAGGGAUGAAGUGAGGAACAACGGGGCGAACCAGGCGAGAGCGAUGCAGGAGUUUGGGAGUGCGGUGACGAAUCGGAUAGGGCCAACAGAGGGGGAGGUCGGGAGGAUGAGGUCGAGGAUUGAGGCGUUGGAGAUGCUUCUGCAGCAAGAAAGCGCAAAGGAGGAACAGAUGUCUGUGAUGCAGACUCAACUCUUCAACCUUCAGAUGCAGAUCCACAAGAUGGCUCAGCUCAGAGAGCAGGCCCAGUCCUCUUCCCCCAACAACGCCGCUCAGACUCAGAACGAGGCCACUCGACGACUCGUCCAGGAGUUGCAAGAGCGGGCAAAGCAGCUCGACAAGGAGAAGGCGGAGAGAGAAGAGGCUGUGAAGAGGGAGAGGGAUGAGAUGGCAAAGCAGCAAAAGGAGAUGAAGGAGAGCGAAGAGAGACUUGUGGAGAGGUGUAUGAAGGAUGCGAGGGAGGAAAUGGAAAAGACUGUAGCAGAGCUUGUGCAGCGAGAACUACGAUCUAUGAAGGAAGCCCGUCAAGCUCAGUCGACGGAGGGAUCGGAUUUCCAUACUCCCGACAGUCUCUUGCUGCUAGAAAGUCAACUGCAGCCUUUCGAUAUUUCCCCCGCCGUUGGCCUCGAGCCGCUCCCUCCAGUCCGCGAGGAUGACAUGGAUGGAGAGCGGCCGGUGACACCACCUGUGCCUCCUCCCGCUCAAGCGGAGCUUGAAAAGUCGAGAGAGCCGAGUAGGGAUGUCGAAGCCACCGCAGUUGGCGAGCAAUCUGCGGUCGAGCAGCCCAUCCGAUCACCCAGCACCUCUCCUCCUCCUCUCCUUGGGCAGUCGAAUCCUGUCCCUCCACAGUCAACUCCUAUCCCUGGGCAAAUGAACCCCGGGCAGCCAACCGUCCAGCCGCUUUCCAUCUCCUUGGCGCGCCCCUCUUCUUCCGGCAGUGGCAGCAGCAAAGCAGCCUCAGACAGGAGUAUGGCCAAAUUCUUCAACGAUGCCGAUCGGACGGGCUCGCCGGGGAUGCAGGUGGGCGCGGCCGAUAUGACGGCGCGAAGGACAGAGAGCUGGAUGCCCACAAGGGAAGAUAGCCAGCAAGCUCCCGUUCUGCAUCUCAGCCGAGAGCCUCCUCCACAUCUCCAAACGACGACACCCCCGGUCUCUGCGGCCGGUGCGACGAAUCCUACAUCUCGUCCUAGUUCCAGUCCCAACCCCGGUACCAUACCUCGUCCUGGUUCCAGCUCCGGUACCAUACCUCGUCCUCGUACCCAUUCCAACUCUGGUACCUCCAACUCUGGUACCAAACCCCCUCCCUCUGGGUUCAACCUCAACCCGAGUACCAAACCUUCCCCUGGGUUCUCGCUUCCACAGGGAUCCAGGCUUCCCCAACCUCCCCCUGGUGCUAUACCGUCGAAGCCCAAGCAUAACAAGCCUAGUACGCCCCGAGCUUCGUCAUAUCAAUCUAGAGAGGGCAUGUCCGGCUCGGAGAGGGGGAGAGAUUGGGACAGGGAUCGGGCUAGGCCUGGGAGUUAUGAUCAUCACGACAGAGACAGGAGACCACGAGACGGCGGUGGGGGACGCUGCUUACAAUGAAGCUUCAGCCAAGAUCGGGAGUACGUCGGAGACCCAUAAUAUAUGUACCAUACCAUUUGAUACAUGUUGUAUACAAUCAUUCAUGCAUAGACAGUCACCUACG